UAAUAAAUGGAUGUCUCGGCGACGAAGGAGCUCGAGGGAUAAGAUUUAUGAUGCCCGGGAAAGAAAUGAAAGGAAUGGAGCUCAUCUAACCAGAUAAAUAUUUUGUUUUAUUUAUGUAUAAGUUAAUACAAUUUGUUAGAUAUUUGAUAAUCAUACGUGUUUAUGAUUAAAGGACAUUAUCAAACAUGGUUUGGGCUUCGCCAGUGCUGGAACAAUAAUUAAUUGAUUGAUUUGUGUGUGUUUGGACUUUGGUGAAUUGAAGUCGUUACCGCAGCGCGCAGAGCCUUGUUCUGUUGAGCGACUUUCGCAUUUUGUGACUUCGAAUAUUCGAAUAAACUUUCACCAUGGGGGAUGUUGUGGACCCAAGACUUGGUUUCAUAUCAGAAUACAUCCUCAAAAGCUACAAACUGAAGCCAGAUAAGUGGGCAAAAUGCAUAAAUGUAGAAGAGAACAAGAUUUUGAUGUUGGAGUUCCUGGAAAAGGCAGACAAUUCACAACUGGUUUUCACAGUCAACCCUGCCGGUUUGAUCACGCCGUCCUACGAGUUUCCAUCAGCUCUCAAAAGUACAAAAGCAAUCUAUUUCAUCAAGAAAGGACGUGAUCCUGUCGGGAAGGACAAUAUCAAAAAAACUCUUGUGUAUGGAGACCUGUCGUACACGCCACUCGAGCAACUGUCUGCUUUGGUAGAUGAGAUUUUGGUUCCGUUGCUGGCCAACCCAAGGAAUCAUGAACAGUGGCCUGUAGUAGUUUCACAGGAUGUCCUUCGCCAUGUUCACAACCUCAAGAGCAGUGUCUACGUUGUUGCCGGCCAGGUCAAAGGCAAAACAUUGCUACCGCUUCCAGUAGGCUCAGAGAAAGUGGAAACCGCAGCUGAUUCAGAGGAAAAGGACGACUCCUACGAUCGCAGUCUGGUUCACGCCAUCGAGUCUGUGAUCAUCGACUGGACCCAUCAGAUCCGAGAUGUGCUCAAGAGGGACUCGGCUCAGCCACUCCUUGAGGGGCUUAACCCUGGCCCCAUGGUCGAGAUCAACUUCUGGAAGGCAAAGUGUGAGAACUUGGACUGCAUCUUCCAACAGCUUCGUGACCCCAAGGUGCGCAAGAUGAAGGAGCUCUUGGAGAGGACCCAGAGCAGCUACCUGCCAUCAUUCAACAACAUUGAAAGAGAUGUGGAAGCAGCUUUGACGGAGGCCCAGGAUAUCAACUGCUACCUGAAGCCACUGAUCUACCAGGUGGAAAGCUUGGAUGAGUUGGACUUCCCCGACAUGAUUCCUCGGCUUGCUCCCAUCCUGCACACAGUCUGUCUCAUCUGGAGCAACUCGGACUACUACAACACUGCCCCCAGAGUCAUUGUUCUCCUCCAGGAGAUAUGCAACCUGCUCAUCGACCUGUGUCGCACCUUCCUGGACCCCAACGAGAUCUUCAAGCUGGAACCGGAGGAGUCUCUGGAGAAGGUCCGCGGUGCUCUGAGUGUCCUCAAGAGCUGGCGGGAAAUGUACGAUGAACACCGGGCCAAGCUGAAGGACUACUUCAAGGAGGGCCAGGAAGUCAAAGGAUGGGAGUUUGCCUCGCCUCUGGUCUUCACCCGCAUGGACAAUUUCACUCGCCGCAUCGAGACCAUCCAGAGCUUGUUCGAGACCAACGUGGAGUUCAGCAAGCUGGAGAAGACUGAGAUGGGAAGCAUGAAGGGAAGGAUGCUCAGUCAACAGGUGGAGAAGAUCUUUGAAGAGUUCAUGGAGUGUGCCAAGGUCUUCACCGAGAGACCCUAUGAUGGGCUGGACCCUCAGUGUCAGGAGUUCUUGGAUGACUAUGAAGAGUUUGAGAAGAAGGUCUUUGACCUGGACAGGAGACUUGGAUCCAUCUUGUGUCAAGGAUUCGAUGAUUGCUGUGGAUUAGAAGCUUGCUUCAAGAUGUUGGAUUGCUAUGGUCCACUGCUUGGGCCAGUCAUUAGGAAUGACUUUGAGUCCAAAUACCCCGAUGUGCUGAUGCUCUACGACCAGGAGCUUGACCAGUCCAAGGACAUCUACGACGAGCACAUGAGGAUGGAGGAGGCCGCUGGGAAUGCCCCGCUCAAUAAGAACAUGCCCGACGUCGCCGGUCAGCUCAAGUGGUCAGCCCAGUUACGGGACCGCAUCAGCAAGCCCAUGGGCAGCUUGAAACACAUGGAGCAUCCGACUGGUGUCAGGAGGAUUUUGCAGUCAGAAGACGCUACGGUGGUUUUCCAGAAGUAUGAGGAAAUGAUUAAUCUCCUUAACAAGUAUGAGCAGAAGGUCUAUGAAAACUGGACGAAGGGAGUGGAUGCAGUGUGCAAGACCAACCUUGACCAGGCUCUGAUUACAAGGGAUGAAGCCACCAAGUUGAUCAAGAUUAACUUUGACCCCAAGUUGGUGUCUGUCCUGCGUGAGGUCAAGUACCUCCAGAUCCGCAGCGAGGAGACCAUCCCUGAGAGUGCAGCUGCAAUCUACGAGAAACACGAAACCCUGCGCAAGUACGUGGCCAACCUGGACCUGACUCAGGCCUGGUACAACAAGGUACGAAACACCGUCCUGGAGGUGGAGUUCCCUCUCAUCGAAGGCCAGCUUGCUAACCUUGACACAAGACUGAAGGAAGCUGAAGGAGACCUGAAUUGGACCUCGGAUUCAGUCUGGGAGUACAUCCAGGAGACCAGGGACCAGGUGCAUGACCUUGAGAAGCGGGUGCAACAGGCCAAGGACAACGUGGAUGGCAUCAAGAAGAUCAUGGCGGAAUGGACCAAGCAGCCACUGUUUGAACGCAAGGAGCUGAAGAAGGAGAGUCUCCUGUCCCUGGAUGAUAGGCAGGACAAGCUGAAGAAAAGAUAUGCAGAGAUUACAACAGCCGGAGAGAAGAUCCAUUCACUCAUAAAGGAAAAUCUUGGUUUGUUCAAAGCAGAAGCUGGCAGUGACAUCUGGAAGGCAUACGUUGAUUACGUAGAUGACAUGGUGAUCGAUGGCUUCUUCAACUGUAUCCAUUGCACCCUGACUUACCUGCUUGAGAACACUGACCCAAGGCACUGUGCCGCCCCACUCUUUGAAGCACGCCUUGAACUCCAGGUGCCAGACAUGAUCUUCAACCCAUCCUUAGACUAUGGUGUCGCAGAUGGCUUCUAUGAUGUGGUAGAGAUGCUGAUUAGUGACGCCUACAAGAUGGCUUCGCUAGUCAGUAGAUUAGCUGAACACAACGGUCAAGAACAUUAUCAGGCUGAUCUUGAGGGUAUGGAUGAUCUCUCUGAGCUUCGCAACGACCUGAUGGACCGCGUCCAGACCAUCAUGACCAAGGCCCAGGAAUACCGCAACUCGUUCGACAACUAUGCCUACCUGUACGUGGACGACCGCAAGGAGUUCAUGCGUCAGUUCCUGCUCUACAACCACGUCCUCACCACGGAAGAGAUAGAGGCUCAUGCUGAGGAUGGCGUCCCAGAAUGCCCACCGACUUUGGACCAGUUCAAGGAACAGGUUGAUACGUAUGAGAAGAUCUACAGUGAAGCGGAUGAGAUUGAGCAAGAACAGGUCUUUGAUGCUUGGUUCCGAGUGGAUUCUAAACCCUUCAAGGCAGCGCUGCUCAACAUCAUCAAGAAGUGGAGCUUCAUGUUCAAACAGCAUCUCAUUGAUCAUGUCACCAACAGCUUGAGUGAGCUGCAAGAGUUCAUCAAGGUAGGAAACAGUGGCUUGACCAAGUCGGUAGACGAAGGCGACUACAACGGUCUGGUAGAAUGCAUGGGUCACUUGAUGGCUGUCAAGGAGAGACAGGUAGCUACCGAUGAGAUGUUUGAACCGAUCAAACAAACCAUUGAACUCCUCAAGACCUACGACCAGGAGAUGUCCGAGGAAGUGCACAUGCAGCUCCAGGAGCUACCAGAACAAUGGAACAACAGCAAGAAGAUUGCCAUCACUGUCAAGCAACAGGUCGCCCCGCUCCAGGCUAAUGAGGUCGCGAUCAUCCGCAGGAAGUGCACAUCAUUCGACGUGAGACAGCAUGAGUUCAGAGAAAGGUUCAGGAAAGAAGCUCCCUUCAUCUUCGCUUUUGAGGGACCAUACCAGUGCUUGGAUAAGUGUCAUAGCGAGAUUUACCAGAUGGAAGGGCAAAUGACCUCACUCCAGGACUCUGCUGGUCUCUUUGAGGUCAACAUGCCCGAAUACAAGCAGCUGAAGGCCUGCCGACGGGAGGUACGUCUCCUCAAGGCUCUCUGGGAUCUGAUCGGGAUCGUAAGGUCGAGCAUCGAGGACUGGAAGACCACAUCCUGGCUGGACAUCAACGUAGAGCAGAUGGAGAUGGACUGCAAGAAGUUUGCCAAAGACAUCCGUACCUUGGACAAGGAGAUGAGGGCCUGGGACGCCUACAACGGUCUGGAUGGCACUGUCAAGAACAUGCUGACGUCGCUGAGGGCCGUUAGUGAGCUGCAGAACCCAGCCAUCAGGGAGAGGCAUUGGCAACAACUUAUGGCUGCUACCAAGGUCAGGUUCACCAUGGACAGAGAGACGACCCUGUCCGACCUCCUGGCUCUCAACCUGCACAACUUUGAGGACGAGGUGCGCAACAUUGUGGACAAGGCCGUCAAGGAGAUGGCUAUGGAGAAGGUCCUGAAGGAACUCAACACCACCUGGUCCUCCAUGGACUUUGAUUACGAGCCACAUUCCCGUACCGGUAUCUCUCUGCUCAAGUCCAACGAGGAGUUGAUUGAGACCCUUGAGGACAACCAGGUCCAACUGCAGAACCUGAUGACCUCCAAACACAUCGCCCACUUCCUGGAGGAGGUGUCUGGCUGGCAGAAGAAGCUGUCUACCACCGACUCUGUCAUCUCCAUCUGGUUUGAGGUGCAACGUACCUGGUCUCAUCUUGAGAGUAUCUUCAUUGGCUCAGAGGACAUCCGUAACCAGCUGCCGGAAGAUUCUAAACGCUUUGACAAUAUCGAUACCGACUUUAAGGAACUUGCUGGAGAGGUGGAGAAGACGCCCAAUGUGGUAGAGGCUACCAAUAAACCAAGGCUUUAUGAAAGACUGGAAUCCCUCCAGUCGGACUUGGUUAUUUGUGAGAAGGCUCUUGCCGAGUACCUUGAGACCAAGCGAUUGGCGUUCCCUCGCUUCUACUUCGUCUCAUCUGCUGAUCUUCUGGAUAUCCUGUCCCAAGGCAACAACCCAACGGAGGUUCAACGCCAUCUGUCUAAGCUGUUUGAUAACAUGGCUAAGCUCAAGUUCAAGCAGGACGAUGAAGGCGAAGACACCAAGAUAGCUCUUGGCAUGUACAGUAAGGAAGGGGAAUAUGUGGACUUCGAUAAAGAAUGCGAGUGUACAGGACAGGUGGAGGUGUGGCUGAACCGAGUCAUGGAUGCCAUGAGAUCUACCGUUCGCUCUCAGUUUGCGGAUGGAGCGGUGACGUACGAGGAGAAGCCUCGUGAGCAGUGGCUGUCUGACUACCCUGCCCAGGUUGCCCUGGCUAUCACGCAGAUCUGGUGGACUACAGAGGUCAACAUCACCUUCGCCAGGCUGGAAGAAGGUCACGAGAACUCCAUGAAGGACUACAACAAAAAACAGAUCCUACAACUGAACACGCUCAUCGGACUGCUGAUCGGCAAGCUAACCAGCGGUGAACGUCAAAAGAUCAUGACCAUCUGUACCAUCGAUGUGCACGCUCGUGACGUUGUGGCCAUGAUGGUACUCAAGAAGAUUGACAGUGCCCAAUCCUUCCAGUGGCUCAGCCAGCUCAGACAUAGGUGGGCCGACGACAACAGGCACUGCUAUGCAAACAUCUGUGACGCCCAGUUCUUGUACUCCUAUGAGUACCUGGGAAACACCCCUCGUCUUGUUAUCACUCCUCUUACUGACAGAUGCUACAUCACCCUGACACAAUCUCUCCAUCUUGUGAUGAGUGGCGCUCCUGCUGGUCCUGCCGGAACAGGAAAGACCGAAACCACUAAAGAUCUUGGUCGUGCCUUGGGUAUCAUGGUCUAUGUGUUCAACUGCUCCGAGCAGAUGGACUACAAGUCCUGUGGUAACAUCUACAAGGGAUUGGCACAGACCGGAGCCUGGGGAUGCUUCGAUGAGUUCAACAGGAUCUCUGUAGAAGUAUUGUCUGUCGUAGCUGUGCAGGUAAAAUGCGUGCAAGAUGCCAUCAGGGACAAGAAGGAACGCUUCAACUUCAUGGGAGAAGAGAUCUCUCUCAUCACGUCAGUCGGUAUCUUCAUCACCAUGAACCCUGGUUAUGCUGGCCGUACUGAGCUCCCGGAGAACCUCAAGGCUCUCUUUAGACCCUGCGCUAUGGUUGUACCUGAUUUUGAACUGAUUUGUGAAAUCAUGUUGGUGGCUGAGGGUUUCUUAGAUGCCCGUCUCCUGGCUAGGAAGUUCAUCACACUCUACACACUAUGUAAAGAACUGCUCUCCAAACAGGAUCAUUAUGAUUGGGGUCUGCGUGCCAUCAAGUCCGUGCUGGUGGUGGCUGGUUCACUCAAGCGUGGUGACCCGCAACGUCCCGAAGACCAGGUUCUGAUGCGAGCCCUGCGCGACUUCAACGUGCCCAAGAUCGUCUCGGAUGACACGCCCAUCUUCCUGGGUCUCAUUGGAGAUCUCUUCCCCGCCCUGGACGUCCCUCGCCGAAGGGACUUGGACUUUGAGAAGGUCGUGAAGCAGUCGACCCUUGACCUGAAGCUGCAGGCCGAAGAUAACUUUGUCCUGAAGAUCGUACAGCUGGAAGAGUUGUUGGCUGUCAGGCAUUCUGUCUUCGUCAUUGGCAACGCUGGUACUGGCAAGAGUCAGGUGCUGAAAGUAUUGAACAAGACCUAUGCUAACAUGAAGAGGAAGCCAGUACUGGUUGACCUGAAUCCUAAAGCUGUCACCAAUGAUGAACUCUUUGGAAUCAUCAACCCAGCCACCAGAGAAUGGAAAGAUGGUCUGUUCUCUGUCAUCAUGCGUGACAUGAGCAACAUCACCCACGACGGACCCAAGUGGAUUGUACUGGACGGAGACAUUGAUCCCAUGUGGAUUGAAUCCCUCAACACUGUCAUGGAUGACAACAAGGUGUUGACCCUGGCCAGUAACGAACGUAUCCCACUGACCCCUUCCAUGCGCCUCCUCUUUGAGAUUAGUCACUUGAAGACGGCUACCCCCGCUACUGUGUCCAGGGCUGGUAUCCUCUACAUUAACCCCUCUGAUCUGGGCUGGAAUCCGAUUGUGACAAGUUGGAUUGAUACCCGCGAGGUGCAGUCUGAGAGGGCCAACCUGACCAUCCUGUUUGACAAGUACCUUCCAACUCUCCUGGAUACCCUCAGGAUUCGCUUCAAGAAGAUCAUCCCUAUCCCAGAGCAGAGUAUGGUUCAGAUGUUGUGUUACCUGCUUGAGUGUCUGCUCACACCAGAGAACACACCAGUAGACUGCCCCAAGGAGCUCUAUGAACUCUACUUCGUCUUUGCCAGUAUCUGGGCCUUUGGAGGCUCCAUGUUCCAAGAUCAGCUUGUGGACUAUCGUGCAGAGUUCAGCAAGUGGUGGAUCACUGAAUUCAAGACCAUCAAGUUCCCCAACCAGGGCACUGUCUUUGACUAUUACAUCGACCAGGAGUCCAAGAAGUUCCUUCCCUGGAGCGAAAGGGUACCGGCCUUCGAGCUGGACCCAGACAUUCCCUUGCAGGCUGUUCUAGUACAUACCAACGAGACAACUAGGGUCCGUUACUUCAUGGAUAUGUUGAUGGAGAGAGGACGUCCAGUCAUGCUGGUUGGAAAUGCUGGUCUUGGCAAGAGUGUGUUGGUCGGAGACAAGCUAGCCAACCUUGGCGACGAGAGCAUGGUGGCCAAUGUACCUUUCAACUACUACACCACCUCAGAAAUGUUGCAGCGUGUGUUGGAGAAACCUCUUGAGAAGAAGGCUGGUAGGAACUAUGGUCCCCCUGGAACCAAGAAACUUAUCUACUUCAUCGACGAUAUGAACAUGCCUGAGGUUGAUACAUACGGUACAGUGCAACCCCACACCAUGAUCCGUCAGCACAUGGACUACCACCAUUGGUACGACCGCACCAAGCUCACCCUCAAGGAGAUCCACAAGUGCCAGUAUGUGUCCUGCAUGAACCCCACGUCUGGUAGCUUCACCAUCAACUCCAGGUUACAGCGUCACUUCUGCGUGUUUGCGCUGAGUUUCCCUGGCCAGGAUGCCCUGGCUACGAUCUACAACAGCAUCUUGAGCCAGCAUCUGGCAAACAUAAGCGUGUCCAACGCCCUCCAGAAGCUCUCCAUGACCGUGGUGUCAGCGACCCUUGACCUGCACAAGAAAGUGGCCCAGUCCUUCCUGCCCACCGCCGUCAAGUUCCAUUAUGUCUUCAACCUGAGGGACUUGUCCAAUGUCUUCCAGGGACUCUUGUACUCUGGGCCUGAGUUGCUGAAGGCACCUAUAGACCUUAUUCGCCUGUGGAUGCACGAAUGCCAGAGGGUGUACGGAGAUAAGAUGAUCAACGACCAGGACAUUGAGGGCUUUGAGAAGCUCACAUUUGAAUUUGCCAAGAAGUUCUUUGAGGAUGUUGAUGAAGAAGCCUUAAGGGUCAAGCCCAACAUCCACUGCCAUUUUGCUACCGGUAUUGGAGAGCCCAAGUACAUGGCCGUUCCUACCUGGCCAGAGCUGAACAAGAUCCUGGUCGAGGCCUUGGACACCUACAAUGAGAUCAACGCAGUCAUGAACCUGGUGCUCUUUGAAGACGCCAUGCAGCAUGUGUGUCGUAUCAACCGUAUCCUGGAAUCACCUCGCGGUAAUGCCCUGCUUGUUGGUGUUGGUGGUAGCGGUAAACAGUCGCUGGCCCGUCUGGCAUCUUACAUCAGCAGUCUUGAGGUGUUCCAGAUCACCCUGCGUAAAGGCUACGGUAUUCCUGAUCUCAAGCUUGAUCUUGCAACUGUCUGUAUGAAGGCUGGUCUUAAAAAUAUUGGCACCACCUUCCUGAUGACGGAUGCCCAGGUCUCUGAUGAGAAGUUCCUGGUCCUGAUCAACGAUCUCCUGGCCUCGGGAGAGAUCCCAGACCUCUUUCCAGAUGAUGAAGUUGAGAACAUCAUCGGAGGUGUGAGGAAUGAGGUCAAGGGUCAGGGUCUCCAAGAUACCCGAGAAAACUGCUGGAGAUUCUUUAUUGAUCGGUUGAGGAGAAAUCUAAAGACUGUGCUGUGUUUCUCCCCUGUGGGUACCACCCUGAGAGUCAGGAGUCGUAAGUUCCCCGCCGUGGUCAACUGUACUUCCAUCGAUUGGUUCCAUGAAUGGCCACAGGAAGCCUUGGUGUCUGUCAGUAUGAGGUUCUUGGAGGAGGUCGAGCUGCUCAAGGGUGACAUUAAAGGCUCCAUUGCUGAAUUCAUGUCUUUCGUUCACGUGAGUGUCAACGAGAGUAGCAAGCAGUACCUGACCAACGAGAGACGUUACAACUACACCACACCCAAGAGUUUUCUGGAACAGAUCAAGCUUUACGAAUCCUUACUGGCCAUGAAGUCCAAAGAGCUGACCGCCAAGAUGGAGCGCCUGGAAAAUGGUCUCACCAAACUGCAGAGCACAGCACAACAGGUGGAUGACCUGAAGGCCAAGCUAGCCUCUCAGGAGGUCGAGUUAGCCCAGAAAAACGAGGAUGCGGACAAACUCAUCCAGGUGGUAGGUGUGGAGACGGAGAAAGUAUCCAAGGAGAAGGCCAUCGCCGAUGACGAAGAGAAGAAGGUUGCUAUCAUCAACGACGAGGUGUCCAAGAAGGCCAAAGACUGUACAGAGGAUCUGGCCAAGGCCGAACCAGCUCUCUUAGCUGCUCAAGAAGCUCUUAAUACUCUCAAUAAGACUAACAUCACAGAGUUGAAGUCCUUCGGUUCACCACCCCCUGCUGUAUUGAAGGUGGCGGCUGCUGUGAUGGUUCUUCUUGCACCUAACGGCAAGGUACCCAAGGACAGGAGCUGGAAAGCAGCCAAAAUUGUUAUGAACAAGGUUGAUGCUUUCCUGGAUGCCCUCAUCAAUUACGACAAGGAGAACAUCCACGAGAACUGCCAGAAGGCCAUCAAGGAAUACCUCAACGAUCCGGAGUUUGAGCCAGAGUUCAUCAAGGGCAAAUCUCUCGCUGCCGGUGGUCUGUGCUCGUGGGUCGUCAACAUUGUCAAGUUCUACAAUGUCUACUGUGAUGUGGAACCCAAGAGAAUUGCCCUGCAGAAGGCCAACGAUGAACUGAAGGCAGCCCAGGACAAGCUGGUUAUCAUCAAAGCCAAGAUUGCUGAACUGGAUGCCAACCUUGCAGAACUGACUGCUUCGUUUGAGAAGGCUACCUCCGACAAGCUCAAGUGUCAGCAGGAAGCCGAAUCCACCUCCCGCACCAUCACCCUGGCCAACAGGCUGGUGGGAGGUCUGGCCUCUGAGAACGUCAGAUGGGGCGAGGCGGUGGCGAACUUCAAGAUUCAGGAGAAGACCCUGCCCGGUGAUGUUCUCCUGAUUACUGCCUUUGUGUCGUACAUCGGUUGCUUCACCAAGAACUAUCGUUUAGACCUUCAAGACCGCAUGUGGCUUCCUUUCCUCAAAUCGCAGAAGGACCCGAUUCCCAUCACGGAAGGCCUUGACGUACUCAGCAUGCUGACAGACGAUGCGGACAUCGCUGUCUGGAACAACGAAGGUCUACCCAGUGACCGCAUGUCGACUGAGAACGCCACCAUCCUGUCCAACUGCCAGCGCUGGCCGCUCAUGAUCGACCCGCAGCUCCAGGGGAUCAAGUGGAUCAAGCAGAAAUACGGCGACGAUUUGCGCGUGAUCCGUAUCGGACAGCGCGGCUACCUGGACACGAUAGAGAACGCCAUCUCGUCCGGUGAUACCGUGCUGAUUGAGAACAUGGAGGAGUCGAUUGAUCCCGUGCUGGAUCCAGUGCUGGGUAGGAACACCAUCAAGAAAGGAAGGUACAUCAAGAUUGGUGACAAGGAAGUGGAGUACAACCCUGACUUCCGGCUGAUCCUCCAGACCAAGCUGGGUAACCCUCAUUACAAGCCUGAGAUGCAGGCCCAGACUACCCUCAUUAACUUCACUGUGACCAGGGACGGUCUAGAGGACCAGCUCCUGGCCAAUGUGGUAGCCCAGGAGAGGCCUGAUCUAGAGAAACUCAAGUCUGACCUGACCAAGCAACAGAACGACUUCAAGAUCAUCCUGAAGGAGCUUGAGGACAACCUGCUCUCCCGCUUGUCCUCCGCCGAGGGCAACUUCCUGGGUGACACGGCCCUGGUGGAGAACCUGGAGACCACCAAGAGAACUGCCGCUGAGAUCUCGGUCAAGGUGGAAGAGGCAAAGAUCACUGAGAUCAAGAUCAACGAGGCUCGAGAGCUGUAUCGUCCUGCUGCUGCUAGGGCUUCUCUCCUCUACUUCAUCCUCAAUGAUCUGAAUAAGAUUAAUCCCAUCUAUCAGUUCUCACUCAAGGCUUUCAACACUGUGUUCAGUCUGUCCAUAGCAGGAGCAGAGCCAUGUGAAGACGUCAAGGAACGUGUGAACAGUCUCAUCGAUUGCAUCACAUACUCUGUCUUCAUCUACACCACUCGAGGUCUCUUUGAGGCUGACAAGCUGAUCUUCACAACCCAGGUUGCAUUCCAGGUUCUGCUGAUGAAGAAGGAGAUUGCCCAGAAUGAACUGGACUUCCUGCUCCGUUUCCCUAUCAUUGCUGGGCUGACUAGCCCUGUAGACUUCCUCACUAACAUUGCCUGGGGAGCAAUCAAGUCCCUCUCUGCGAUGGAAGAUUUCCGCAACUUGGACCGAGACAUCGAGGGUUCAGCCAAGCGAUGGAAGAAGUUUGUAGAGAGUGAGUGUCCAGAGAAGGAGAAGUUCCCCCAGGAAUGGAAGAACAAGUCCGCCCUGCAGAAGCUUUGCAUGAUGCGUGCCUUGAGAGCAGAUCGUAUGAGUUAUGCUGUCAGGAACUUUAUUGAGGAGAAACUGGGCUCCAAGUACGUGGAGGGUCGGCAGGUAGAGUUUGCCAAGUCUUACGAGGAGUCUGACCCGGCCACGCCCAUCUUCUUCAUCCUGUCUCCCGGUGUGGAUCCCCUGAAGGAUGUGGAAGCCCUGGGUAAGAAGCUGGGAUUCACCUUCGACGACAACAACUUCCACAAUGUGUCUCUGGGCCAGGGGCAGGAGAUCGUUGCGGAGCAGAACAUGGAUCUAGCUGCCAAGGAAGGUCACUGGGUUAUCCUCCAGAACAUUCACUUGGUAGCCAAGUGGCUGAGUACCCUUGAGAAGAAGCUGGAGCAGUACGGUAUCGGCAGUCAUGCGAGCUACCGUGUAUACAUGAGUGCUGAACCAGCCGGUACACCAGAGUCGCAUAUCAUCCCUCAAGGUAUCCUGGAGUCAUCCAUCAAGAUCACCAACGAGCCUCCUACGGGUAUGUUUGCCAACCUGCAUAAGUCGCUCUACAACUUCAACCAGGACACGCUGGAGAUGUGCGCCCGCGAGGCCGAGUUCAAGGUCAUCCUCUUUGCCCUCUGCUACUUCCAUGCCGUGGUGUGUGAGAGGCAGAAGUUUGGGCCCCAGGGCUGGAACAGGAGCUACCCGUUCAACACCGGAGAUCUUACCAUCUCCGUCAACGUUCUCUACAACUACUUGGAAGCCAAUUCCAAGGUUCCAUGGCAAGAUCUGCGUUAUCUCUUUGGAGAGAUCAUGUACGGUGGUCACAUCACUGAUGAUUGGGAUAGGAGACUGUGUAGGACCUAUCUAGAAGAGUACAUGUCACCCGAGAUGCUUGAUGGUGAUCUGUACCUAGCGCCAGGAUUCCCUGUACCACCCAACUCAGACUACAAGGGUUACCAUCAGUACAUAGAUGAGAUCCUACCCCCUGAAAGCCCCUACCUCUAUGGACUGCAUCCCAACGCUGAGAUUGGCUUCCUGACCACCGAGUCAGACAACCUCUUCAAGAUUGUCCUGGAGCUCCAACCAAGAGAUGCCGGUGGUGGAGGAGGAGGAGGAUCCAGUAGGGAGGAGAAGAUCAAGUCCCUGUUGGAUGAGAUCCUAGAGAAGCUUCCGGAGGAGUUCAACAUGAUGGAGAUCAUGGGCAAGGUGGAGGACCGUACGCCGUACGUGGUGGUAGCCUUCCAGGAGUGUGAACGCAUGAACACGCUCACUUCAGAGAUUAGACGCUCCCUCAAAGAACUGGAUCUGGGUCUCAAGGGAGAGUUGACCAUCACAACAGAGAUGGAGGAACUGAGUAAUGCCCUCUUCCUGGACCAGAUCCCAGCAACCUGGGUCAAGAGAGCCUACCCAAGUCUCUUUGGUCUCAGCAUCUGGUACGUUGAUCUGCUCCAACGUAUCAAGGAGCUGGAGCAAUGGACCGCCGACUUUGCCCUCCCCAACGUGGUCUGGCUGGGCGGCUUCUUCAACCCCCAGAGUUUCCUGACCGCCAUCAUGCAGUCCAUGGCCAGGAAGAACGAGUGGCCUCUGGACAAGAUGUGCCUCCAGUGUGACGUCACCAAGAAGAACAAGGAAGACUUUAGCAGCGCCCCCAGGGAGGGUUCCUACGUGCAUGGCCUCUUCAUGGAGGGAGCGCGCUGGGACACGCAGACCAACAUGAUCGCCGACGCCAGGCUGAAGGAGCUGGCACCCAACAUGCCCGUCAUCUUCAUCAAGGCCAUCCCUGUGGACAAGCAGGACACCAGGAACAUCUACGAGUGUCCGGUCUACAAGACCAAGCAACGUGGCCCAACCUUCGUCUGGACCUUCAACCUCAAGUCCAAGGAGAAGGCUGCAAAGUGGACUCUAGCCGGUGUGGCCUUGCUGCUCCAGGUCUAAACAACCGUAGCCAUACCCUUGGUAGGCUCUAUACCAAUGCUCGUAGGCAUAAGCAGAUUUCUACAAGCAGUCUACAUGUACCGUUUUGCAUACCACUUUAAUAUCAGUACAUACAUGGGUUUGGAUCCCAUAAUAUUCCACUUCUCUUCCGGUUUCCCAUUCCUGAUAUGUUAUCAGAUUUAUUAGCUAAUGGCUAUCAUACUGAAAAGUUUGUCUUGUAACAUGUGAUUCAACAAAAGAAAGGGGGGAAAGGGUUCUAUUUUAUAAGAGAUGAGCUUGUUUCAACCUUAUCCUAGAACUGUGUGUCUCAUGGCUUUUAAGUCGAGGAUAUGUCAGCAUGCCACCAAGCUGGUGUUUAAGUCC